GCUGCCAGGAAUCAGAGCGUAUUUUUUUAAGUUUCCUAGAAGGGAACAUAAGCGAACGUCGGCACAUGAACCAGUGGCCACCUCAAAGGAAAGGCCUGUGUGGAGCAUGCAAGCAUACCUCGAGAAUAAGGCGAAUCUGAAACUGAAUCGUCCAUAUCUGCAGCCGUUCGAGCGUGAGGAGCGAGGCUUCCAGAAAUGAAGCGACUCUGUGCAGCCGAUUAAAUAGGAGUCUUGUGUUUUGACGUAUUUCCAGUGGAAUAAAUGUCCUGCGGUCCAGUUAAAUUAAAUAGGGCGUAGCGUCUACAGCAAUCAUUAUUAGAGAAAAAGAAAGACUUUAUUUCUUUACCCCCCACCCGCCCAACAACACUCUCCGGAUUACAUACUUUUCCUUUAAAAGAAAGAGAUGACGACUGAGAACCCGCAGCAGCAUCUGGAUCCUCAGGCGUCCAUAAGGUCCAGCCCGGUUCCCGGAGUGUUGAAAUCGGCCUUGAUCAACCAACAGUCCCCGGCCAUGGAAACGUCCGCCUUGGCCAAAGUCAAGAAGACCAACGGUGGAUUGCGGAGGCCGGAGAAGCCGCCUUAUUCUUACAUCGCUUUAAUCGUAAUGGCUAUACAGAGUUCCCCGACCAAGAGGCUCACUCUGAGUGAGAUCUAUCAGUUCCUUCAGACCAGAUUCCCCUUCUUCCGAGGGUCUUAUCAGGGGUGGAAGAACUCGGUGCGCCACAAUCUGUCACUGAACGAGUGCUUCAUCAAAUUGCCAAAGGGGCUUGGCAGGCCUGGGAAGGGACAUUACUGGACCAUUGACCCUGCUAGUGAAUUCAUGUUUGAGGAAGGCUCCUUUCGGCGCAGACCCAGAGGGUUCCGUAGGAAAUGCCAGACCCUCAAACCCAUGUAUAGGAUGAUGAAUGGCUUGGGGUUUGGUCCCUCUAUUAUCCCCCAAACCUUCGACUUCCAGAGUCCAGCGGCUUCACUGUCGUGCCAUGCCAACGGUUACAAUCUGGAGAACAGCCUCAGCAUGAUGAGCAACUCCUUAUCAGGGAACUACGAUGGACUCAGCAGUGGGCACCACGUCCCUCACAUGUCCCCCAACCCUGGCUCGACUUACAUGGCCAGCUGCCCGGCGUCUUCCGGUGGAGAAUACGGUCCCGAUAGCAGCAGUAGCCCGGUGCCAUCCUCCCCCGCCGUGGCCAGUGCUUUGGAAUGCCAUUCCCCAUACUCGGCCUCAGCUGCCCCUUGGUCAUCCUCAGGAGGAUCCCCGUACAUUAAGCAGCAGAGCCUGGGUCCCAUCAACUCUGUCCCUUCCAGCCUUCACUCCAGCAUGUCUUCUUACUCGCUGGAGCAAAGUUACCUGCACCAAAACACAAGGGACCCCGCAGAAAUCACAGUGGGCCUACCUCGCUAUCAGACUCACUCGUCGCCCGUGUGUGACAGAAAAGAUUUUGUGCUCAAUUUCAAUGGGAUUUCAUCUUUCCAUCCCUCGGCCAGUGGAUCAUACUACCAUCACCAUCAUCAGAGCGUGUGCCAGGACAUCAAACCUUGUGUUAUGUGAAAACCCUCUCUAAACCAGCUUCAAUCUAGUGCAUAUUUAAUUUUUCUUUUUUCAUUAUCUUUAUUAAUAUUAAAUCCAAGCCAAGAUUCGGCAUGGUAGAAUUGGAAGCUUCACAUCGACCAUUGUUCUUCAACGUAAAUAAGCCGCUGGGGACAUGUUAGUCUUUCUAGAUCUGCGACGCUGCAGCCGAUUUUUUUUAAAGAAAGCGAAUCGUCUCCUUCGAUUGAAUUCCUUCGAUCAAAAGAAGAAAUAAUUUAGGAUAAGUCAAACUGUCUGGUUGAGUCUUCCCGUUAGUUAACAAUGAAGAAGUGGUGCGUAUGUCAAGCGUCUAAUUAUUUUAUAGCAGCAUUCGAUUCCUAUAUCAAUAUUAAUGAGCAGGAUGUUUAGUGGUGAGCAGUAGUGUAUUCUAUUUAAAUAUAAAUUUUGAAAUCAAAAUGUCAGACUUGCUACCAUGACAGUAUUACAGAUACUGAUUCGAAAGAUUUUGCAAGGAAUAUACGAUUUUGUUUUUGCCAUGAAGUAUAAUAAGGCACAUGUAUGCACGCACAUUAUGCUUUUAUAAAUAAAUACAUUUGAAUAUAAUUGCA